CCUGUUUGAGAGAAGAGUUCAACAAAUAAAAGAAAAGUAUCCAAAAGUGAUCGAGAACACGAAAGCAGCGUGCAAUUUUUUAACAAAAUGUGAUUGUAAAAUAUUUGUGGCUCGAAAACGCAAGAAAAUUUGCAUAAAAAUGAAAAAAAAGAAUAAUUUUGGAUGAUAUUACAGACAAAGGAAAUGAAACGGUCACAGCUGUAAAUGCAUAAGUGGAGCCGAGGAGCCAAAAAAAUUACAAAAAAACCAACUUUGAAUCGUACGGAGGUAUAAAAAGCGCUUGCCGUCAGCAAACUCAGCCGCAGAACGUUCUGAGACGUUCGCUGUAAACAUUUAUAUAAUUUUCGAAUACAAUAUGAAGGGCUACUUAUUGCUGGCACUGAUUGGCAGCGCUUACGCCCACCAGGGCAGCGCACAAGUACAGCAGAACUUGGUCAGUGUGGGUCAGCCGGGUCACCCGGGACAACCUGUCCAGUCGGGUCAAUCGAGUCAACAAUCCCAAACACACCCACAUCACAGUCAUCAAGCACAAAAUCAACACGCACAAGAGAUUGAGCAACAUGUUGGGCAACUUAUGACGCAUGGCCAGCAACAUGUUUCACACCACCAGCAUGAGCAACAAGUUGUGUCCAAUCCACUGCAAGUUCAUCAACAUAGUCAACACGGACAACAACAACAAGUGCAACAAGUGCAGCCACAUCAGCAUCAUGGACAACAAGGCCAGCAACAUCAGCAUCAUGGUCAGCAACACGUGCAUCAAAGCCAACAAUAUGUGCCUCAAGGCCAGCAACAUGCACAUCAACACACGCAACAUGUUGCACAGCAUGCCAAAAAGCAACAACAACAGCAGCAAUAUCAAAAAGUACCAAAUGCGCCACAACUUACGCUAACCGGCGUAGUGCAACAUGUGCCCAUACCGCAUCAGAAUUAUAAGGUGCCGAAUCGUGUGCAGCAUGUUGUCGAUCUGGUACACACACACAUUCCACAAGUGCUGAAUUACCACAAAUUGCACAAGAAUGACGUGAAUCCGAUCGGUGUUGCUGGCAAGGCAGUAAAAGUGCCCGUGAUACCGCCGAAGGUGCAACAAAUUGUGGAGCAUGCGCACACACACAUUCCGCAAGUAGUAAAUCACCAUAUACAACAACAAAAGCAACAGGUUGUUGCACAAAAUCAACAAGGUGUGAACGUCAACAAAGAACCACAACAACCGGCGGUAGGAGUACAGGGUGCUGUUGUAGCGCGCAGUCAGUCAGCCGCAGUGCCACCACAAGUGCAAAAAAUUGUCAAGCAUGUGAACAAACAUAUACCACAAAUGAUUCUAUACCUAAAACAGCAAGCACAAAAAUUACAAGAGUUUAUCAACAAAUUUCAACAGCAACAACAACAGCUGGCACAAGAUGUUGCCAGUGAGCAGGCGGUGAUGUUGCCGCUGAUACCCGCUAAAGUGCAAAAAAUCGUUGAACACGUGCAUCAACACAUUCCACAAGUGAUCAGCUAUGCGCAGCAACACAAGCAGCAUGUACAAAAACAACAGCAACAACAAGCGAAUGUAGUGCAACAAGUGCCAAGUGUUGCGGUGUCUCCAUCCGUUGCAAAGGUCGACGAACAAGUGCAACAAAACGUUCCACAAGGCAACAAUCAACAUGUACAACAACAACAAGGUGUUGCUCAACCACCAGAGGGUGUGGUAGUUGCACGUGGCGUGCAACCUUCCGUCCCGCCAAAGGUGGAACAAGUUGUCAAUCAAGUGCAUCAACACGUUCCACAGGUGAUCAGUCAAGCACAGCACGUGCAAAUGCAGCAACAGGGUGUAGUUCCGCCGAUGCAAGGUGUUGUAGUACCAGAGCAGGUUCAGAAAACUGUUUAUACCGUGCAACAAGACGUCCCGCAGAAGCAUCCAAAUCAACAACAGGUGCCAAAUGCUGCCAACGGCGCGGUUGGGCAGCUAACCGUUGAAGUUCAGUUGUGAACACCGAAAUAUUACAUCGAUGCUUCGAUUUUCCAAACACUCUUCCAUAAGAUUUCGUUUAGUAAAAACUCACUGCCUUCAUUUUUGACAUAAAUUUUUACCUAAAACACACACAAA